GCAGGCGCGCAGGGCGCCCCGGCUCCGGAGCAUAAACAAGAGCGGGGACGGGAUGAGGCGGCGAUUGAUCCCCGGGCAGCGAGCUGCGGCGACCCAGGCGGCGAGCGGGGCCCGGCGCCGACCCUGAGCGCACGCGACCCCCGUCCCGCGCGCGAGUCCCCGGCCGGGCCCACCCGCCCGCCGCGCGCCCGCCAUGAACCUGGCCAGUCAGAGCGGAGAGGCCGGCGCCGGCCAGCUGCUCUUCGCCAACUUCAACCAGGACGUCACGUCCCUAGCUGUUGGUAGUAAGUCCGGUUAUAAAUUUUUCUCCCUUUCUUCUGUGGAUAAGCUGGAACAGAUCUAUGAAUGCACUGACACUGAAGACGUGUGCAUCGUGGAAAGAUUGUUCUCCAGCAGCUUGGUGGCCAUCGUCAGCCUCAAAGCCCCCAGGAAGCUAAAAGUCUGCCACUUUAAGAAAGGCACAGAGAUCUGCAACUACAGCUACUCCAACACGAUACUGGCGGUGAAGUUGAACAGGCAGAGGCUCAUCGUGUGCCUGGAAGAGUCUCUGUACAUCCACAACAUCCGGGACAUGAAGGUGCUGCACACCAUCAGGGAGACCCCCCCGAACCCAGCAGGCCUGUGCGCGCUGUCCAUCAACAACGACAACUGCUACCUGGCGUACCCCGGCAGCGCCACCAUCGGGGAGGUGCAGGUCUUCGACACCAUCAACCUGAGGGCUGCCAACAUGAUCCCUGCUCACGACAGUCCUUUGGCCGCGCUGGCUUUCGACGCCAGCGGCACCAAGCUCGCCACCGCUUCGGAGAAGGGGACUGUGAUUCGGGUCUUUUCCAUUCCAGAGGGACAGAAACUUUUUGAGUUCCGGAGAGGAGUUAAGAGGUGCGUGAGCAUCUGCUCCCUGGCCUUCAGCAUGGACGGCAUGUUCCUGUCCGCCUCCAGCAACACCGAGACCGUGCACAUCUUCAAGCUCGAGACUGUGAAGGAGAAACCUCAGGAGGAGCCCACCACCUGGACCGGCUACUUCGGGAAGGUGCUCAUGGCCUCCACCAGCUACUUGCCGUCCCAAGUGACAGAGAUGUUCAACCAGGGCAGGGCCUUUGCCACAGUCCGCCUGCCCUUCUGCGGCCACAAGAACAUCUGCGCCCUGGCCACGAUCCAGAAGAUCCCCCGCUUGCUGGUGGGAGCAGCCGACGGGUACUUGUACAUGUACAACCUGGACCCCCAGGAGGGAGGCGAGUGCACCCUCACGAAGCAGCACAAGUUGGAUGGCAGCAUGGAGACAACCAACGAAAUCCUAGACUCCGCCUCUCACGACUGCCCCCUGGUGGCGCAGACCUACAGUGCAGCCGCCGCCAAAGGUACUCACGCGCCCGCCUCUCCGACCGGACUGGCCCGCGGGGACGAGCCGGGCGCAGUGGGCGGCGUGCGGCUGGAGGAGGAGGCGGCCCGCGCCCUGCGGCUGGAGGAGGACGGCGAGCACCCGCCCAUGGUUCUCCGGACGGACUGACCUGGCCCGGGGGCCCCGGCCCCGCAGAGCACACGGGCUGGCGGAGGACGCUGCGUCACGCUGCUGCGAACUGCGACCUGCGUUGGGGAGAGGAUGGCAGAGACUCGGCAGACGGAAAGGGGGUGUAGCUGUAGCCCGUCCCAUACUGUCGAAAUACAUGGUUUUCACUUCAGUGGCUUUUAACCCCGCUAUGAGUUUUAGCUCUUUGUUUUCUCUUUUUGCCAAAAUUAACUGUCUGGUGAAGCCCUCGGAACCUUCCUGCUUUGCAUGCGUGGAUGUGCCAAGCCCGCCCGGACAGCAGCGGGAGGCCCCUCCGGACGAGUGCGGGCGCGGGGCCGUCACCCCCGUGCUCACGCGGCCCACCUGCAGAGCGGGCUGCUCCUCGGGGGGCCCCCGGGGCCCUCCUGGACCAUGGCCCCCGCUUUAUUUUGUUAAUUAAACUCUUUCCAAGUUGGA